CUGUGGCGGGCCUGGCUUGUUUCCCCCCCCCCCACCAUUACAACUCCCGUGGAUCCUCACUUAGCCCAUCUGAUGGCGUCUUCAGGCAUGGAACCUGGCCUGCUCCAUCCUAAACCCACUUCACUUCGAAACCCACAGUCAAAUAAAUGUAUCCAUCAUGUACUGUACCUAAGGGAACGAUAAUCCCAAAAGCGAUCCUCCCUUCUAAACCACCCACCACACCACCCCUGAUCCUGUACCGUGGAGAGGUGCGAGACUCCCGCAAAUUCAGAAGGCUUGUCCAAUCAGACAAUUGAUACAGUCCCAGAGGAUCCUUUACUACGAUGGUCCAUCUCAUCUCUCGCCGACCUAUGUCUAGGCUAGUGUGGCAUAAGAGAGGCUAUUAUUCAGAUAGUCGUCACCACUUUGCCCACCGAAAAAAAUAAUUUCAGAUCGCGGGUUGCUAGUUAACUUUGUGGUGGUAACAACAUCGCCCCCCUCGGAUCUUAUCGUUAUAUUUACGCAUCUCCUCCUACCUUGAACUCAGAUUAAAUAAGAGAAAUUCUCUCGUCACCAUAAUUCUUUUACCCUCUUUUCCUUGUAAACUAUAUACACCUCUUAAUACAACUUUUCCCUGGCUCUCUGUAUAUUCCCUUCCCCUUUUCCCUUCUCAAAACUUUUCUUGAUCUGGCCGACGCUAUCAAUCUAUUUAGUUGCACAGCAUUUCGCAUGUCAAGGACUGAGCGCCGAGCUACGACAAAUUUCCCAAGCUUUUGUGCCUUCCCCAAGUGUGAUACGUUUCUUGCCUGGAUACCCGUUAAUCGCGAACUAUAGCAAUUGCUUCUUGGUCUUGCCAUUGCCCCUGGCGCCUUUCGUUUCUUACCACCAUUGUCAUUCGUUCCAUCAAUCAAUCCCAAUGUUUCGUAACCGGUACGUGGAAUAGAUAACAGCCAGUCGAUUCCAGCACGGUUCUUUACUCCAGGCGCAAUUACAUGGCCCCCUUUGCUUAAGCUCUCUGCGGUAUACAGGAAAAGUUCACAGAAGCCGGGAGAGGAGCUUUACUCUAACUUCAAACAAAAAUUUCCCGAGAUUUGCCCCGGAAUUGGUUCAACAACAACGGCUGAAGGCCACCCGGACAAAAAUUUAGCCGAUGCGCCCGUGAAACAGGGUGUACAGCAACAAAGACCAACGAUGGACUCUGAGGAAAACAAAGGCACAGAGCAAACAUCAAAAGGCCUCCCGGAUCACUGGCGAUUUACUCCUUCUAUAAUGGACCCUAACUCUUAUGCAUUCACGUCGCUCGCAAACCAGCCUUCCACCUACUAUACCGCGACACCGACUGGGAUGGGCAUGCCCUGCCAUACACAAGUACCCGACUUAUCUACUCCGGGAAUGACACUUAAUUUACUGAGCCCGCUUUCAAUCCCUCCCAGUACUUCUGCUACCGAUGCUGCUGCAAUGCAAUCUGCCAUUGACAUGAAUUCAUUUCACCAUUCUUUCGCUCCCCAGGCAGGAAACGGCGUCGACUCUUUCCAUCAUGCACCAGCGUAUGCUCCGAGCAGUUUUGUAAAUCGAGACCCAAGAUACAAUCCGCUACAUGUCGAGAAUUCUCCUAUUAAUGGGGUAAAUGCGAAUAAUCACAUUGGUUUACUCCCUCACGGUAUAGGCUUAUCAACCCCUGUUGACAAUCGUCCGAACCCAGGGAGUGAAAACUUUCGGUUCAAUGUCACGCUCAAGGCAGCCACAGCAAUGGUAAAAGACCCUGAUGAGAUACCAAUUACAUAUCUUAACAAAGGCCAAGCCUAUACAAUGUCGGUUUUGGAUACUGGGCCAAUGACAUCAGGGGCACAGCCUUUGAAAUAUCGCACUUUUAUCCGCGUUUCUUUUGAGGAUGAUGAACAACGCUCAAAGCCAGCCAGCUGCUGGCAGCUAUGGAAGGAGGGCCGUGGUUCCAACGAAGCCCAUCACCGCGAUGGAAAGCUCUUGGCGGUAGAACAUGUUGACCCCAACCAAGGCGGAGAUGGAGAUAUCAGGCCAUCUCAAGUUCAUCUAGAAACUGCUAAUUUCGAUGGUUUCUCUGUUAUUUGGUCCCCGAACCCCAAUGGAAACCCAUGCUGCUCGAUAUCAGUUCGUUUCAAUUUCCUCUCCACCGAUUUUAGUCAUUCCAAAGGUGUCAAGGGAAUUCCUGUUCGUCUAUGUGCCAAAACAGAGGUUAUAUCUACUGGCCAUGGAAAUCCACCCCUUGAAGACCGGCCUGAGGUGUGCUAUUGCAAGGUCAAGUUGUUUCGAGAUCAUGGUGCCGAGCGAAAGCUUUCCAAUGAUGUUGCACAUGUCAAAAAGCUCAUUGACAAGCUGAAACAGCAAAUCAGCCAAGCUGAACUCGGGUCUGGUUUCAACAGGAGAAAAAGAAGCGGCUCAUUUGUCAAAGGAAAGAUCACAAAGCAUAAAAGAGCCUGGUCAGGUGAAUCAAGCAAUGAUUCUGGGAAAUCAACUUUAGAAGAGGAUCUUCAAAUCAAGCUCCGCACAUUGAAAGACAUGUUUUCAUCUACUCGCCCUUUCAGUGCUCUCAAUUUGAAAGGCGAUGCCCAUGAUGACCCAGAUCUCUUCCCAGUCCACCUGGGAAUUACUGACGAGGGAUUCUCACACUCAAUAGGAUGGGAGUCCCGAAAUAACGCAGAGGGAUCCUCCAUAGCAUCUCAGCAUGUCUUAUCACCCGCAACUAGCAACCAUUCGCUCAGCUCCUCUCAUAACUCCUUUGACCCCAACACAGGUUUUCCUCACCAACCACAAGUCUAUGACGGCUCCCGUCACGACUCGAUGGAUUGGUCCAGCAUUUCCCAACAGGAUUCUGAUAGCCAACAGCAAAUUAGGAAUGGUCGGUUCUUAAGCCACCCAGUGAAGAUCCAAAAGGUUUCUGCUGGCGGCCGCGCUGGUCACGACGGUUGGAUCGAAGCGAUGGAUGUCGACGCCACCUAUCAGCCGCCGUUGGCCGCCCCAAAGAAGCCCACUUCCUGCUUCUAUGUCCAAAUACGGCAAUCCUGUGGCAACCAGGUCCCAGAUGGCUACUAUCAUGCCGUCUAUCUCACACAGCGCACAGCUAAGGACCUGGUACAUGUCAUCUCCAAGAAAUGCAAAAUCGAUGCGUCACGCGUCGUUCGAGCGCUCUGCCUCCGUGGAAAUGGGCUUCAUGUUAUUCUAGAUGAUGAUAUCGUGAAUGAACUCCCUGAAGGACAGGAUAUGGCGGCUGAGAUUUCUGAGGUUCGCGAUUGCUCGCUAGACGCUAGCACUAACGGUGACUCGUCGACACCAUCAACAUCCUCUGGAAUCGAAGUGAAAUUGAUCUUUUAAUCAAUAUAUUCUCUCCGCUACACCUUCUUCUUCCCCCUGGCCUUGUUUUUUUUUUUUUUUAACUGUCCGAUUUCGGGUUUCUUUCCUUUUCCUUCGAUUUGCCUUCCUAUACUUGCGGCGCGAACGGCCUUGCUCAAUCUCUCGGUUAUUUCUCAUUGAAUUCUGUCUGGCGUUGUGGUCUUGUUGUCACCUUUGCUUUUUAUUUUGCUCUUGCCCUUGAGUCUGAGUUGGUACUCCUCAAGGAGGCUAUUUGCUAAUGAACCCGGCUGCUCAUGCUCUGUUGGGGUGAACCCCCAAAAUGCCAAUCACGAUACAAAAGGAAAAAGGAUGUGUGUGGAAAAGGAGUCUUAGAAAAACAUGAAUUGAAGAUUGAUGAAGAAACGAUGAAUCUUCUUCUCUUCUGGGUGGCUGGUUUGCUCAGUUGGUUUUGUUACUUCCUUUUCAAUAUUUAUUUAUUCAUUUAUUUUAUUUUUGGAAAGGUCGAAUUUCUCUCUCUCUUGUUUUCUUCUUUCCUUCUUUUCUUCUUUUCUCCUUUUCUUUUCUCCUUUUUUCCUUUUUUUUUGUAUUCUUAUCUUUUGGCUUUUACUUGUGUUCUAUUUAUUUUUCAUAUACGAAUAUUCCCACUGUCAUUACGGAGUACAUACCCUAUACACCAGGGCGUCGGCUUUUUGCUUUGAAGAAAGAGCGUUUGGUCGAUAAUUUUCUUUUUUUCUUUGUUUCUUUUUUCCUUUUUUUUCGAUUGAUUCUUUUUUUGAUCGACUCUUCUUUUGGUCGACUGGCGUAUCCUCUUCGCCUUUUAAUUGCUUUUUAUUCCCGGUGUUAGAUUUGAAUAUCUUUUUCGAUUCUUCUUUUGCCCUUCUUCUAAUUUUGUAUCCGAGGAGGUGCUUUGAACUCUCCCUUUUCUGUUUAUGAAACAAUGGAGCCAUCUAUCCAUUGUACAGUGCUAUUUUUCGUUAAUAUUAGUUUUCCGUUAACUUUCGUGAAAAUGUCUUUCCGUUUCUCCCUCUCUGUCUUUUUCUCUUGUCCUUAAUGCUUGUAAGGGAGAGCAGUAACAAACGAACAAAGCUAAUUGCAAAUUAACAUGACAAUGAUGGGCGGAUGGCACUUUUCUUCAGUACUGUUAGUUUUCUGAGAAGAUUUGGAGGUUGAUAUUCUAAUUAUUAUCUUCCAUAAUUUAUGGAUUGACAUAUCCCCCCUGUACAACAGCAGUGUGUAGUGUCUACUCUUACGCAUAGGUAGUUAGUUAUCUCAGUUCCUAAUCAAUAUACGUCGUUGAAUUGGUGUAUUCUAUCAGGAGAGACCCUUUUCUUUGGGUACAUUAUAAAACCCAAACAGUUGGAACUGUCUAAAAGAGCACUUGAUUUGCUUGUAAUUACCCUCGCUCCGUAUUAAUCACAAUAGAUAGAUAGAUUUUGCUCGGAGUAAAAGCUGGACAUUAUCUAUACACUGGCAAUGUGCACUAUGCACCCCUACGUGCUUCUCUCUGCAUUAAAACGACGCUAACUUACUUACCUUACCCUUACCCUUACCCUUACCCAUAGGCGCGGCACCAUAAAACACCCCUGCUAAAUCUUUAAGAGAGAGUAAAACAAUGGCAAAUACCC